GGGCAGAAGACGGAACCGCUCGGGUAGGUCGACCGCAUCUGUCGCCAUGUCACUGGAAGGAACUCCCAAUGUGGCCCUUCUCCUUGUUUGGGGCGUCCAAGUCCCGCGAGCGCCGCGGGGGCGAGAAGUCGCGUCCAGUUUCCUUGGCAGAGAUCUUGUUGCGCCUGGAGCGCUUGGAAGCCACGUGUCUCACCUCGGCCGAUUCUUGGACGGGCGAAUCGCUCUGCGAGCGCUCGGUCUUGCAGCCGGCCUUACAGGCACUUGAGAGCGAUGCCGGAUGUUGGAGGCUCCUGGCAGCCCAAGCAGAGAAGGACCCUGGCUGUGGCAGCGCGAUCAGUGCUUUGCUGGGGCUUGCCAUCGGUGACUCUGUUGGUGGUCCGCUCGAGUUCCUGCCGGUGACGGAGUCCUUCGACGAGUGGGACACCAACCGGCCUUGCGUGCUGCAGGGCGGUCGUGACGCAGAUGGCCGUCUCCUCUACCGCCACGCGUACAAUCGCUUUCAGCUGAAGCCAGGCCAGUGGACGGAUGACACCAGCAUGGCCCUGUGCUUGGCCGACUCUUUGCUAGUGAAGACGGGCUACGAUGGUGGCGAUCUUCGAUUGCGGUGGCACAUGUGGUGGUUCCAUGGCUACUGCAAUGCCUUCCGCUAUGAUGAGCGUCGCCACGGCCGAUCGUCCGUCGGCCUCGGUGGCAAUGUGGCCAAGUCCCUGGCCGACGUGGAGCGCCACGCCUUGCGCGGUGGCCCCGUGCCGGAGAUCUACGGCUCCGUGGCCAACGAUGCAGGAAAUGGCUCGAUCAUGCGGCUGUCUCCUGUGCCCAUUGCCUAUCACUCGCACGUUGAUGAGGCCAUGCGGAUCGCCAUCUUACAGAGCCGCGCCUCGCAUCCCUCCUGCGAUGCCGCUGCCUGCUGCGCCUUCAUGGCCUUCUUCAUCGUCAAGGCCAUCGCCAUGCACAAGAGCGGCGGAUCUCCCUCGGCAGACGUGCGCGGCUUCGUGGGCCGCGCAGUGGAGGGCUUCCUGGCCAGUGGCUUUGAGGAGAUGAAGGAGUGGCAGGACAUGGAAGGUUGUGGCCGCGCGGAGGGCGCGUUCCGCGUGCGCGCGCUGCUGGGCUCCGCGCCGCCCAGCCUGAAGGAGAGCAACUGGGAUUGGAAGAGUCCAGCACCGAAGAUCCAACAGGCGAUCACUGAGCGAUUGAAGGGCCGGAGGUACAAUGGACAUCCAAUCAUUGAUACGUAUUGGGGCGCCUAUUGUAUGGAUGGCCUGGCCAUGGCUUUGUGGGCUUUGUGGCAUUCCAAGAGCUUUUCGGAAAGCAUCAUGAAGGCGGUGAACCUCCUGGGAGACGCCGACACCAUCGGGGCCAUUUGUGGCCAACUGGCUGGAGCUUUGUAUGGCUGGCGUGGCCUGGCUGGCGACAGCUGGGGGCGGAUGCGUCUCACGGAGCUCCAGCGCUGGGAUCCCUUCGGGGAAGUCGGCUUGCGUGCUGCGUUGCUGUACCAUCAUGGACCGCUGCGGGUCUUGCAGGUGGAGCUGCGACAAAAGGAGGGUCACCCGGCGGUCCGCGUCUUUGAUCAGCCGAACGACAGCGCUGGGCGGCAGACCGUGGGUGAAAUUCCCUCCCGGUCCAGUGCUUGGCAAUUGAUGCGCGAGGGUGAUUUCGCGCAGGUGGUGGCGGAGGACGCUGCCGGGCGUUGUGUGGAAGGAUGGGUGGGCAUCAAAAAUGUGGUGCGUGUGACGAGCGUGGGCACCACGGCGCAGCCCAGCAACAUGGACGAAGGAGCCAGUUUCACGGCCCAGGAGGAUCCUCCGUCUCACAGCUGCCCCGCCUACCCCACCAGGACGCGCCGCCCGCCGGACUCCUCGAUGGGACGAGGCUCUUCACGAAGGUCCUUGACAACCCCGCCGGUGAGCCGCCGGGUAGGCAUUUGAGUCCCACGAUUCGGUGCGCGGAGCCCACGGUCCAGCCCGGGUGUUUGCCGCCAGCCGUCGAGGUGGGCAGAGAGCUGGUCCUGGGAGGUGGUGGUAUGGUGCUUUCCGAGGUCCAAUGGCACGGGGAUCCCCCAAGAGGAUUUUUGGUAUGGGGGUCUCCCUGCAUUUGGUUCCCCCCCCCCCGAACUUGGACAUUUGUGC